AUGCCUACCAUGCGUCACGUCACCGAUGCCGACAUCGGGUACUGGCCGGACCUAGCCAAAUACAUAACUGCAUAUGCACCCUAUACACCCAAGCCGGAGAACUGGACGCCUGUCCACAUCAGCCUGGAGUGUCUAGUCUGCCGGAGUGGACAGCUGAAGCUCCCCUCGUGGGUGACCGACCCAGAUAAAAUGACAGAAUCAUCCGAGGAACUAUGCGUCCUGCCGUGCGGCCACUUCCUGGGCUUCGAUUGCAUGCAGAUGUGUGUGGCGCAGUCAGAAGCAGAUGGCCGCACGCCGAGCUGUCCAAAAUGCAGACUGGAGCUCACCUACACUAAAUGCAAGCACGAGAUACCCCUGAGAGCAGUCCCGGAGCUGGAUGCGGAUCCGAGAAAUGUUGUGCAAAACCAAGUCCCGUACGCCCGAACACACAGGCUUCGCGAAGCCGGUAGCGAGAACGACAUUCGGUUCAAGGAUACCGCCACCUGGAAUGAUCGCCAUAUCGAUGGUACCGGUGAGACCGUUGCAUACAGCGUGGUGAUCGGAUCGCACUGCCAGUCUUGCGAGAAGGAGCUAUUGUUGAAGAAACUCUCAGACCUUUGGCAUACCUUUUUCCGCAGAGAUAUCAGUGCGUUCAAAGAUGAUCUCGCCGGCUACGAGGCUGCAUACAGUGGCGAUGAACAUGGAACAAAUGAGCUUCGCAGGUUGGUAGGUACGAACUGGUCUAGACUGCAGGACAAACUCGCGCAGUGGUGA